AUGGCCGCUCCUGCUGUUCCACACGAAUGCGCCUAUGGCGUCACCAACAUCAAGCACUACAUUCCCUUCCUCCUUGACAUUGAUGAUGGUAACUAUGACGCAUGGAAGGAGUUGUUUCUCACCCAUUGCCAGAGUUUUGACGUCUCCGGUCAUCUCGACGGUACCCUUCUUUCCGCUGAUGAUGCUUGGAAGAAACGUGAUGGACUAGUCAAGCUAUGGCUAUACGGGACUCUCUCGAAGGAUUUGUUCAAAAGUACCUUCAAAGCCGGUGGUACGUCACGCAAGAUCUGGCUCCGUUUGGAGAAUUUCUUUCGCAACAACAAAGAGGCCCGAGCGAUCCAACUGGAUCAUAAGCUUCGCACACAAGAACUUGGUGAUCUCUCGAUUCAUGCGUACUGUCAGGAGCUGAAAUCAAUCGCCGACUUGCUCGCCAACCAUGAUGCCACUGUUUCUGAAAGAACGCUUGUCACCUACUUGCUCAAUGGUUUCAAUGGCAAAUAUGACAACAUCAUCAACAUCAUAAUGCACCGUCAGCCUUUUCCAACCUUUGAGGAGGCACGAUCCAUGCUAAUCUUGGAAGAGGAUCGUCUUGGCAAAGGAAAGAAAGCGCUAUCCCACAAAGAUGAGUCGGCCUCGUCACCAAAAGUUCUCGCUGCUUCAGUCUCUUUCAACGAGCAUAAGCCCCAGUAA